AUCUGAGUUUCGCGGGAGGGCUCUUGAGCGCGUAAACCGUAUCCCUUCAUUCAUCAGGCCGCUUCCUGAAGCCAUUUCUCGACGGGGGAAACGAGAGUUGGCUUACUUUUUAAUCCGUCGCAUCUGCCUAAAUGCACGAUCACGAGGAGCCAUACGUUGCAAAAGUCGACGCUUCAGACUUUAACCUUUACUUCGCACUGAAUAUUUUUGUAACCAUUGCCGCGGAUUAGCUUGUAAGUGUCGAGACAAGAAAAGGGGCUACCCCGAGAACAAGAUGAGAAGAGGGAUCACCUCGGCUCCGGACAAAGUGAUUCUAGCGGGCGUCGGUAGCUCUCAUUUGGACAAUAAUAUCAUUUUGACCGCUCUCUCGGAUCGUUUAAACCCCACUCAAGCCAACGCCACUUAUUUCCAAAUAAUAACCACACCGCCGCCUUGCAACGUUACACAGACAUCAAGUGUAUGUUUAUCCGAGCCUUCGAUAAACAACAUUUACACAACUCCACAACAAGCCGCUGCAAAUGGAGCAGGACAUCGACCCGCACUAGGAAGACCGCCGGCCAAGAGGAGGCUCGCCCUCGACGAUUCAGACCACCAUUACCAGUCAGAGCCCUCCAGGACGUCCAGAGGAAGAGGCGCCACAAUAACCAAUGGGACACAUUUAAAGACGCCGAAAACGCCUAAGUCUCCACCAGAGAGGACGCGGUACGACACUUCCCUGGGCCUCCUAACCAAGAAGUUUGUGGAUCUGCUAGCGCAGUCUUCCGAUGGUGUUCUGGACCUAAAUCUUGCAGCAGAAACUUUGCAGGUGCAGAAAAGAAGGCUGUAUGACAUCACGAAUGUACUUGAGGGCAUUCAUCUCAUCAAGAAGAAGUCAAAGAACAACAUUCAGUGGAUGGGCUGCAGUCUUUUGGAGGUUGAGGGCUCACUAAACCAAAGACAAAGACUGACAGCAGAAGUUUCUGCACUGGCUGAAGAAGAGCAGAGGCUGGAGCAGCUCAUCCAGAGAUGCAGCCUGGACACAAGGCACAUAAGCGAGUCAACAAGCAAUCAAAAAUAUGCCUAUGUCACAUAUGAGGACAUCAAACAACUGGGAAACCUUCAAGACCAGACUGUUAUUCUUGUCAAAGCGCCUACAGACACCAAGCUAGAAGUACCAGAUCCUGAUGAGAGUUUAUCCAUCCACUUGACCAGCACCAGAGGUCCUAUAGAAGUUCUCCUAUGUCCAGAUGAGGAGAAUGACCACGGUAGUCCUGUUAAAAAUGGCACCACAGAUAUCAAUGGGAACUCACCGUUCCUCAAAGUCCUUCAAGAUCCAAGUAUCCCGACUAAGUCCCCCAGCACCUCCCUGGCGCCAGUCUCAUCCGUCACCGUCUCAGCUCUCUCGCCCAUCUCUUCCCCAUACACCAGCCUUCUCCAGCAAACGGAGGACCAGAUCCCCUCCACCCUGGGGCCCUUCUUGAACCUGGGUCCCCCUCUCCUGGAGCAAGAUGACUACUUAUUAGGUUUGGGAGACGAUCAGGGAAUCAGCGACUUGUUCGACGCCUGUGACUUUGAUAGGAUGCCCUCACUCGGCUUGGAUGACCUCCUGUGCAGCUAGCGCCAGCUGAUCCAUGUCCUCAUUAAGUGCAUUGGAAUGAGCUGGGAGGUCUGUGACUGUAGUUUGUUUAGGCCAAUUCAAAAUACAAGAAAGUUUGACAAAAAGGGCUUUUUUCCUCCAGUCCCAGGCUGACAAAAGGGCAUGUUUACUCACGGUGUCACACACAGGCAUGUUUGGCUCAGACUCUGGGAGGACUCCAGUGAAGCUAAAGGGGUAGCAUGAUCGGUACUUAAGAUGUCUCAUUUGGCAUAAUACGCAUUUAAGAAGAAUAGCUGCCUUUUUUUCCAAACGAUUGAUGCCAUCAUAUUGACGGAGCAGAGGGAACAGAAGACAACACUUGGUUUGAAGGCAGGCUAGAAGUUUGUAAACUAAUGCGCACAUUUCAACACAACUAUCAAAAGUUCUUAUUAUGUAACAGAAUUUCACAUGUUUGACUGUUUGGUAGGUUUUUUUGUGUUGUUAAGAAAAUGACAUGAAGUGAUGUUUCAGGCCAACAAUUUGGGCAAAAUUAGUCACCUGAGUCUGAGUGAUACAGUAUAGAUCUGGAGCCAUUGCACUUAUGGGUACAAUUGCAUUGGUGGAAAAGUAGUGUUUUUCAAAACAUGAAAGGUUUAUGCUGAUUUUCAGUAAUAUGAAAAUGUUUAAAAGUUAACAAAUUAACCAAAGGCAUUCAUAACCAGUGGAUGGUAAUGAUAAAUAAAUGGGUUGUACUUGUAUAGCGCUUUUCUACCUUCAAGGUACUCAAAGCGCUUUGACAGUAUUUCCACAUUUUACCCAUUCACACACUGAUGGCGGGAGCUGCCAUGCAAGGCGCUAACUAGCAGCCAUCGGAGGCAAAGGGUCUUGCUCAAGGACACAACGGACGUGACUAGGAAGGUAGAAGGUGGGAAUUGAACCCCAGUAACCAGCAACACUCCGAUUGCUGGCACAGCCACUCUACCAACUUCGCCACGCCGUCCCUAUGGUCAAAUUUAAAUUAAUCUUGACAAAUAACCUUGUGGAUUUAGUAGCAGUGACUUGAUCACUUCCUCUACUGUCUGCUUUCUGCAAGGCAGCUUUGGUGAGUAGUCAUUUUAAGUUGAAUAAGUGAUGACUUUUUAAUUGAUUUUUAAACCGCAGACUGAACUAGUAAGGGUCAUUAAAAAAAAAAGGCUCACCUCGCCUUCAACUAAACCAUGUUUCACAGCCAUAAUCAUAAUCUUGAAACCACGUAAAAUGAUUUUCUCUCGCUCCCGGUUGGCUCCUUGGAUUAGUUGACAAGUCUGAUGGUAAAACCCAGUUGUCUUGUCUUGAGUCUGUAGUUUUAUUCAACUCGGGAAACCUGCGGAUGCAGGUAGUAUUGCUGCUGUUAGAAUGAGCUCUUCACUCACACAAUUGCCGUGUGCCUGUGUAAUUGUGUGUCAGAAGAUAUGGAUUGCUCAAGAUUAAAGCCUGCCAUGUUUUUUCUUUUCUUUUCUUUUUUCUAAAAGUGUUUUGUGCACAAGGUACCCCGGGCUACCUCUUGCUUAGUGUUCGACAAUACCAUAGUAAACAGUAAGGCAUGGACGUAAAUGUCUUUAGCUGAUUUUGUCUUGGAGGUUACCUUUUGUAUUAUUAGCAGUGAAGGUGGAUAUCAUCGCACUUAGAACUUUUAUUUGUGUGUGAGCAUCCACUCCUACACCUUUUUUAAUACACUGUUGUCACAUCUCCGAUGGAAAUACUGAUUAGUAGGCAAAUGGAUGGUUAUUCUGUCUUGUAUGUGUGUGUCUGCGUGUGGGUUUGUUUUUUUGUUUUUUUCCCAUAGAAUAUUUUGAGCCCCAGAUCCAAAAUUCUCUAUCACCGUUGAGCCCACGUGUCCUUUAAAUGGCCAUUACAAGACUGGAAUCAGUGACUUCUGUCCACUGCUGAAGUAGUCUAGCCUUGCUUCCGUGACACUGUGUGUCCGUUUUACAUUUUUGGACUUUUCUUUCUUUUCUUUUUUUUUUAUAGUCUUGCAUAUCAACUACCUGUUUUGUUCCAACUUUUCAAGAUGAGGAAAAUCUGGUGUCUAUCAUAAGUGAACGAAUAUCUCCAUUCUUUGUCUCCUCUAGAAAAGUGAAUCUGCUUUUGUGUUGUUGAGACUGCCUUUUUUUGGAAGGAUUUUGUCUUACCAUGAAAGUUUCUAAAAUAAAUUAGAUAUUUUUGUAGUGCCCAGUUAAAUCUGUACUGUUCCACAUAGUGCAAGCGUGCAUCUCAUGGUAACCGUUGGAUGUGAAGCACCUGCAAAUUAAAUGAUUUUAUUGACAAUAUCCCUAAAAUUUAAACGGCACUGCUUUACAUGUUGUGGUUACGCUAAACCUGUCACCAAUUCAGUAAACUUUACUCUCCCAUCAGAGUUGUCUACUAAUUAUUAAGGGGGGAAACAAAUCUAAUAGACAUUUUGCUUUUAAGAUUUUGGUGAAAGGUUGUUGGUGUGAUGUCUGUUUAGUAUCUUGCGUUUGCCGUGUUCAUAAGUUCUGUUAAAUGAGGAAUUGAGGGUUGUGAAUGUUUGUGGGGAGAGGAGGGUGAAAUGGGAUUUUUGUUUUGUACUGUCAGACUUUGUAAUUGAACAUUUGAAUAAAGGAAUUAUACGUGAGCAAAUA